CGGUACCACCUCUCCAGUGCGUCAACUUAUAGGGUUUAGAGGUACCUAAGGUACAUGGCGCGUGGACAAGAUGUGCCUGAAGUUUAGAGGUUAGGUGCCCGAGGCACCCAAGGCAGCCCUGCCUUGUACCAUUAGGGGGUAGCACAAUGCCCUUGUGAGGUACCUAACGUACCUACCUGCAUGCGCCUCAGCCUAAGGUACCACAGCACGGCUCUGCGCUAGGCUGCCAGCGCCCUAAAGCCUGACCAUUAGGUACAUACCUACAACACAGUACAUCCAGCGCGGGGACCGACAGACCGAGAGACUUCCUAGGUAGUCAGAGAGUCCUGGGAUGGCCUAACAAAUGCUGAGCCGCAGCCGCGGACACAGACAAAAACACCGUGUCGUUGAUUAAACCGCAACCUGUCCUCCUGUCUCCUGCUCUCUUCAGUAGGCAAUAAACUCAUUGAUACCGCACGUUCUUUGUGGCCCGUCUCCAGCCUCCUCCGCCUCCCUAGUAGGCCCUCUGAUACGUUGAUGGCUAAAGUCCUGCGCCUCCACGCAUCGCAUUUCUCGUUGGCGACGUGAGAGGAAGGGUCACCUAGCCACCAUGUUCUCCAAAAUCAAAAGUGCCAUCGAUCGGAGUAUUGCCGAAGAGCAGGCUCGCCAGAAAGCCCUUGCCGAGCAGAGAUCCCAUGCUAACCCCUCGCCUCCUGCUGGAAGCCAACGCGCGCGAUCUGUCUCGACUACCAGGCGCAAAGCAAGAAAACCCGGCCAGGAUGUCUCGAAUGGUGACAUGGCCGCAAAUCCCGAUCCAGCCAUUUUCGAGGCCGCGUUUGUGCUUGACGACGAAGAUGCAGAUUCCGCUGCCACCGCUCAGGUGGCACCUCAUGAGACCGAGAUGAAGGAGGGGGUGGUGGAUAGCGAAAUGAGCAACAGCGCUACUGAGAAUAGUAAUGCGACCGGUCAGACCGGCACGCAAGCAGACGAGAAGCUUAGAGAUGUCCCCUCCGCAGCACCGGCGGAACUCCCGCCUCAUAUUAGGGCUAGACUCCGAAAGCUGGAGAAGUUGGAGUCUACGUAUCCAGAACUACUACGAUCCUAUCGAAUCGCACACGGACGCGCUACCCUGAUCGAGCCCUUCGAGCGAGCCUUGCGCGAGAACACCCCGUUAACCACAAUCAAGGACCCAAUUGCCUUAGUCGAAUACCUAAACCAGUUGAAUUUGAAAGGAGACAUGGUCAUGGGGGAGCUCAAGCGUGUCUCCGCCGAAAAGGACAGCUUCAAGAAGAAGUCAGAGGACGCCAACAAAGAGUUAUCCGCCCUCAAGGAGAAAAUGGCUUCUCUCGAAGCUUCCCAGGCUGAAGCCUCGCUAGCUGAGAAUGAGGAUAAGGAAGAAAGUGUGUUGGGGGAAACGAAAGGAGAAGAAUCAAAACAGGCUACCUUGCCAUCUGCGAGCAAAUCGCCAGUCUCGUCCAUCUUCGGCGUCUUCUCCCCGAAACAGAAACCAGUGCCCGAUGAAGAGACUAAGGACAGGAGUGAAGAGAUGUUUUCUUAUGAUGACGAGAUCCCCCAACUUCAAGCCGAAAUCGCGUCCAAAUCUGAAGAGAUUGUCAAGCUUAAAUCCGAAGUUAGCCUACUGAAGGAGGAACUGGCAGUUGCCGGGGAGAACAGUGGCGGUCUUGUGGAAAGCCUUGAGAAGGCUACCCGAGAGCUGGGCGAAAUUCGCGAUAAAGUUGCUAUUCAGGAUUUGAUACAGACUCAAUUGGACGCCCGGAAUUCGCAGAUCAAAUUACUUACGGAGAAGUUCGAACAGACCCAAUCGCAGCUCCGGGACCUAGAGGCCAACCUCGAGGAUGAGAAGUUGAAAACGGCAUCCGCGACAAGGGAACGGGAGUCCAAACUCGAGGCCUCGAAUUCGAAGAACACGCAACUUGAUGCCGAGCUGAAGAAGCUUAUCGAGGUGAAAUCCCAGCUUGAGACCAAAAUCCGCGAGUUGGAGAGCGAAAUUAAGUCGUUGAAGAUGUCAAAAUCCGAGAGUGAAAAGAAGGUCGAACAAUUGUCCACACAGAUCCAAUCCGCCGGCCAACCUGCAUCUGCAUCCACGGCGGGGGCGCUGGAGAUCCCUGUAGCGACUCCUGGAGCUGGUGGACCUAGAAAAAAGAAUAACAAGAAGAAAAAGAAGGGUGGAGCAUCCUCCGGUGCAAUGUCGGUCACAGCAAGCGAAGCUUCGGAGAGCGCCCAGCCAUCCCCCCUCGAUAGUCCAGAUAUGGAGGCUCUCAAAGCCGAAGUAGCAAGACUGAACGAUGAAAUCGCCGAUAGAGAUACUCGAAUCGAAAGGUUGUCCAAACAGAAGAAGACCGAAGAGGACCUGCGAGAAGAGAUAGAAACUAUACAGGAGGAUCUUGUCAACAUCGGACAGGAUCACGUCGAAGCUAAGGAGAAGGUGAAGAGUCUAGAAUCUGAAAAGGCGGCAUUGCUGGCGCGGAUCGCAGAGCUCGAGAAACAGAUCGCUGCCUUUACGUCGAGUACGGAAGCUACCUCGACGCUGCGGACGGAUUUCGAUUCUAUGAAAGCCGAGUUCGACGACCUAAAGAUAAAAUCGCACACUUUGCAGUCUGACCUUGGCGCCGCUCAUCAACUCGCACAGAGCCGCUACAAAGACCUGACUGAUUUACGUGAGAUUCUCACCAAGGUCCAACCAGAACUCAAAAGCCUGCGACAGGAUUCGUCAGUGUUGAAAACUACCAAGGAGGAGUUAGCUUCCAAGCAGACCGAGCUCCGUGCUCUCGAGAAGCGCGAGAAAGAGCUGAAGGUUGAAGUCUCCAAGGCCCAGCGAUUGGCGUCCGACCGUGAAUCCGAGAUCAGGCUACUCAAUGACAGGCUAGCCGCCGAGAAGGCGUCCCGGGCUAGACUGGAGGAUGAGAAACGCGUCGCCGGUAGAGAUUAUCGCCGCGCCGAGGUCGAGAAGAUCGAACUAUCUGCGAGGGUCGAAAAAACUGGCCGUGAGCUUGAAUCCGUACAGUCAGAACUUUUCACACUUCGGCCAAAGAUUAAGCAGCUCGAGGAUGAAGUCGCAAAGUUGAAGAAAGAAAAUGAAUCCAUCAGGGAGGAGGCCGAGCUUAAGGCGCAGCAGUACAAUAGCGCCCAAGGUCUGCUAAGUUCCAUGCGCGAUCAAACGGCCGAGUUGUCUGUUCGCCUCAAGGAAGCACAAGACCGAGCAGAAAGUUUAGAGGAGGAGUUGGCGGAGGUGCAGAAGCAUCUUUCCGAGCGAACGCGCGAAGGCGAGAAGAUGCGCCGUAUGUUGGCCGAUGUUGACGAGCGGGCAGAUGCGAAGGUCCGCGAAAUGCGUGCUAGGAUGGAGGCGGCCGUCGAAGAGCGCGAUCGGAUCGAAGAUGAAUCAUCUACCCUCGGUCGACGGCGCGUCCGGGAGUCUGAAGAACUUAAAAGCAAGGUUCGCGAGCUUGAACGAGAAGUGCGAACUCUUUCCAGCCAGAAAGAUGACCUAGAAGCUCGCGAGAAGGAGUGGCGUCGCCGCCGCGAGGAGCUCGAGCAGAUCGAAGAGAAGGCUGCGGCCGAGGUCGAUGAUAUGCGUGUCACGGUCACCAAUCUACGAUCGGCACUAGACGCAUCAGAGCAGCAGGUGCGCGAUACGGAAAAACAGCGCGCGGACUUGCGGAAACUGUUGGACGAGACCAGGGGACGCUACGAGAAGGAGAACAAGGAGCUGAAGAGCAUCCAGGCAAGAUUCAGCAUCGGUAGCUCGCCCAACGUCGCGAGCAGCGGAAGAUCUAGCAUAGACUCCACGCGAAGCGGACUCAACGGGGCAGCUAGCACUUCUGGAUCCACCAGCCCGGAUACGAUGUAUUUGAAGACCAUACUAUUACAGUUCCUCGAGGUGAAGGACGAAAAAGUCCGGUCGCAGUUAGUACCAGUGUUGGGCAAGCUAUUACGAUUCGAUCGCAACGACGAGCAGAAGUGGAUAGCGGCUGUUCAGCACCUUUCGAGGCCAGGGAGGUAGAACACUGACGUUUAAAAGAGAAAAAAACGAGAAGAAAAAAUGAAAUGAAAUGGGGAGUCUCCCUUGAUAGGCAUUCGUAGAUGACCCCAUAGCGCUGGAGUCUACUGAAUGUCGACCCGGAAAAUAAUAGGAAGAGGCCACCUACGGUACACUUGACCGAGAUUGAGAGCAGUGUCACUUACUGGACCAGGGGACCAGUACCCGUACAUCAUCCACCACGGUGCCGUCGCAGCAUGCACAUAUAUAUGAACGACAUCAAUUAAUGACUAAUAUCCCUCACGAAGCUAGGAGAUUUGUCCAAAGCACACGGCGAAGGGGAUAUAUCCCGCUUCAUCUCCGUCACA